GUGGGAGAGAAAGAGAGCUUGUGGGAACAUCUGGAAGUGUGACCCGUAGGGUCGUCGCGAAACGUACGCGAACGUCGGGGUUCUGCGAGGAGAGAGGCUCAGAGCAGCCUGGGAAGUGUAGUCCGGUGCUUAGCAGAAGAUUCGCGGUGAGCGCUGAGGUUCUGUACCGGGGCUGAGCAGGCUUGAGAAGAGCUGAUUGUUCACUGGGCCUGGCCCUUAGUGUUGAUUUCAUUAUGCUACGACGAAAACCAACCCGCCUGGAACUGAAGCUUGAUGACAUCGAGGAGUUUGAGAGCAUUCGGAAGGACUUGGAGACCCGUAAGAAACAAAAGGAAGAUGUGGAUGUUGUAGGAGGCAGCGAUGGAGAAGGGGCCAUAGGGCUCAGCAGUGACCCCAAGAACCGGGAGCAGAUGAUUAAUGAUCGAAUUGGUUAUAAACCCCAAGCCAAGCCCAGCAAUCGUUCAUCUCAAUUUGGAAGUUUUGAAUUUUAGAGGUGGAUUAUCUUGCUUGCCAGAGCCCUGGAAUGGUGUGAAAGGAUGGCAGAAGUACAAACAAGAUUUAGGGAAUCGAAUGCUCGGAAUGUUUUACCUCCUGCAGAAAUAUUUCUGCAUGAAAUUACUGAUGCUUAACUUCACUCUAAAGUUGAAAUCCAAACUCUGGUUUGUGUCUGGAAAAUUUGACUCUAUAAAACUUGUCUAAUUUUUGUUUUAAAAAAUAAAUAUAUUUUUGGAAAAGUA